UUCGGCUUAAAAGGGAGAUUUUUAGCGGUCAAUAGCAGAGAAGACAAGUUUAAGAAAAAAGAAAAACACGCAAGAUUUUGCUUUUCAUUCUUUUCACUGUGGAACUUUUUUCUUGGCAGAAAUUAAUUCUCAAGGAUUAUUGCUGGAUUCCUAAAAAUUUUGCGGAAUUUCAUAACCUUGGAUCCACUGUUUCAGUCAGACAGCAGGCUGGUGUUUCACCAUGAAGCUGACAGGAAUAUUUUUGCUGUUGAUGCUUUGGAGCUGUGACAGUACCAGAGUCGCAGAGAGCCGAGACGACAAUAGCGUUUAUGACUUGUUUGAGCUCAUCCAAGUCCCCAGUACGAACCGCGGGGUCACACAGGUGAAAGGAGACGACCCGUACAGCCCCGCCUACAAGAUCUUCAACCCGGACCUGAUCCCCCAGGUCCCCGAGAGCGCCUUUAGGGACCUAAUCGAUUCCAUCCAUGCUGAGAGAGGCUUCCUCCUCCUGCUCAACUUCAAGCAGUCCAAACGGACCAGGGGAAGCCUCCUGACCGUGGAGAAGCAGGACGGCUCUGGGCCAGUGUUUGAAAUCGUCUCUAACGGCAAAGCAAACACACUGGACAUAGUUUUCUCCACCGAGAACAAGCAGCAGGUGGUUUCCAUCGAAGAUGUGGAUCUGGCGACAGGUCACUGGAAGAACAUCACGCUGUUCGUGCAGGAGGACCGGGCGCAGCUGUACGCGGGAUGCGACGAGGUGAACACUGCCGAGCUGGAAGCGCCAAUUCAGAGCAUCCUGACGCAGGAGACUCCGGCCAGCGCGCGCCUCAGGGUUGGCAAGGGAGCCGUGAAGGACAGGUUCAUGGGGGUCCUACAAAACGUGCGAUUUGUGUUUGGAACAACACUGGACGCCAUCCUCCGCAACAAAGGAUGCCAAAGCUCUGUUACAACUGACACCAUGAUCCUGAAGAACCUCAAUGGGUCCUCAGCCAUCAGAACAGAGUACACUGGACAUAAGACUAAAGACCUGCAGAUGGUUUGCGGCUUCUCCUGUGAGGACCUGGUCAGCAUGUUUAAGGAGCUGAAGGGCCUCGGUGUGGUGGUCAAGGAGCUGUCCAAUGAACUCCGCCAGCUGACAGAUGAGAACAAGCUGAUUAAAAAUCGCAUUGGCAUUCACAGUGGCGUCUGCAUCCACAAUGGGAUUGUGCGCAAGAACAGAGAUGAGUGGACCGUCGAUGACUGCACUGAGUGCACUUGUCAGAACUCUGCUACCGUGUGCCGCAAGAUCUCCUGCCCCCUGAUCCCCUGUGCUAAUGCUACUGUUCCUGAUGGAGAGUGCUGCCCACGCUGUGGAACACCGAGUGACUAUGCAGAGGACGGCUGGUCGCCGUGGUCUGAAUGGACCCAUUGUUCCGUGUCAUGUGGGCGGGGCAUCCAGCAGCGUGGGCGCUCUUGUGACCGUAUCAAUAACAACUGCGAGGGCACCUCUGUCCAGACCCGCGACUGCUACCUCCAGGAGUGUGACAAGCGCUUUAAGCAGGAUGGCAGCUGGAGCCAUUGGUCACCCUGGUCAUCGUGCUCCGUCACCUGUGGUGCUGGUGUCAUCACCCGUAUCCGUCUAUGUAACUCUCCUACCCCUCAGCUUGGAGGCAAGGACUGUGAGGGAGAGGGCCGGCAAACCGAGAAGUGUCAGAAGUCUGCAUGUCCCAUCAAUGGCAACUGGGGGCCCUGGUCACCCUGGGACACAUGCACUGUCACCUGUGGAGGUGGUGGCCAGACUCGUAAACGCCUGUGCAAUGAUCCUGCACCAAAAUAUGGUGGCAAAGAGUGUGUUGGUGAUGCCAAAGAGACUCAGAAGUGCAACAAGAAGGCCUGUCCCAUUGAUGGAUGCUUGUCCAACCCCUGCUUUGCUGGAGCCAAGUGCACCAGUUUCCCUGAUGGUUCCUGGAAGUGUGGAAAGUGCCCAGGUGGCUAUACCGGCAAUGGUAUCAAGUGUAAAGAUAUUGAUGAGUGCAAGGAGGUCCCAGAUGCUUGCUUUGAGUUUAAUGGUGUGCACCGCUGUGAGAAUACAGAUCCUGGCUACAACUGUUUGCCCUGCCCUCCUCGCUACUCAGGACUCCAGCCGUUUGGCCGAGGUGUGGAGCAGGCUGCUGCUAAUAAACAGGUGUGCACACCCCGUAAUCCCUGCCUUGAUGGCAGCCAUGACUGCAACAAAAAUGCCCGCUGCAACUACCUUGGACACUUUGCUGAUCCCAUGUUCCGCUGUGAGUGCAAGCCUGGUUACGCUGGCAAUGGCCGUAUCUGUGGAGAGGACACAGACCUGGAUGGAUGGCCCAAUGCUGACUUGGUCUGUGUGGAGAACGCCACCUACCACUGCAAAAAGGACAACUGUCCCAACCUGCCUAACUCAGGACAGGAAGAUUAUGAUAAGGAUGGCAUUGGAGAUGCUUGUGACAAUGAUGAUGACAACGAUGGCAUUCCUGAUGACAGGGACAACUGUCCAUUCGUGUACAAUCCCAGGCAGUAUGACUAUGACCGUGAUGAUGUGGGUGACCGGUGUGACAACUGCCCCUACAAUAGUAACCCAGACCAGACAGACACAGACAACAAUGGCGAGGGAGAUGCAUGUGCUGUGGACAUCGAUGGAGAUGGAAUACUGAACGAGAAAGACAACUGUCCCUAUGUAUACAAUGUUGACCAGAGAGACACAGAUCUGGAUGGAGUGGGAGAUAUGUGUGAUAACUGCCCUCUGGAACAUAAUCCUGAUCAGGUGGAUUCAGAUGAUGACCGUGUGGGAGACAAGUGUGACAGCAACCAAGACAUUGAUGAGGACGGACACCAGAACAACCUGGAUAACUGCCCAUACAUCCCCAACGCCAACCAGGCUGACCAUGACAAGGACGGCAAGGGAGAUGCCUGUGACCAUGAUGAUGACAACGAUGGCAUCCCUGAUGACAAAGACAACUGCAGACUGGCCUUCAAUCCUGAUCAGGUGGACUCAGAUGGUGAUGGUCGUGGAGAUGCUUGCAAAGAUGAUUUUGAUCAAGACAAUGUUCCUGACAUCUAUGAUGUGUGUCCUGAGAACUUUGACAUCAGUGAGACAGACUUCCGCAAGUUCCAGAUGGUUCCGCUGGAUCCAAAAGGCACCUCCCAGAUUGAUCCUAACUGGGUUGUCCGCCAUCAGGGCAAGGAGUUGGUUCAGACUGUCAACUGCGACCCUGGCAUUGCUGUUGGUUACCAUGAGUUCAAUUCAGUGGACUUCAGUGGGACUUUCUUCAUCAACACAGAGAGGGAUGAUGAUUAUGCUGGCUUUGUGUUUGGCUACCAGUCCAGUUCCAGAUUCUAUGUGGUGAUGUGGAAGCAGAUCACGCAGACCUACUGGUCAAAUAAACCCACCAAAGCCCAGGGCUACUCUGGCCUGUCUAUUAAAGUGGUUAACUCCACUACCGGCCCAGGAGAACACCUCAGGAAUGCCCUCUGGCACACAGGCAAUACCCCAGGACAGGUCCGCACUCUCUGGCAUGACCCUAAGAAUGUUGGAUGGAAAGAUUUUACUGCCUAUAGAUGGCAUCUGAUCCAUAGGCCGAGAACAGGACAUAUUCGAGUUGUGAUGUACGAAGGUAAGAAGAUCAUGGCCGAUUCUGGUAGCAUCUAUGACAAGACAUAUGCAGGUGGCCGACUAGGUCUUUUUGUCUUCUCUCAAGAGAUGGUAUACUUCUCAGACCUCAAGUAUGAAUGCAGAGAUGCAUGAACGGCGCAGCGCAGGAAGCUCUGACGAAUGCACCUUUUUUGUAUAAAGUAUGAACUUAUAUAUUCCCAUGCAAAGUCCAGGGACCGAUCUACGCAACUCUUUCUUCUGUGGCACGCACACUCAGGCAGAGCGAAGGGUAUGUGGUCUGCCUCAGGGUAACUUUAAGCUGUUUGGGCAGAGCACCAACCAGCUGACUGCCAGUUGAGGAUCAGAGAGCCCCUGCUCUACCACCUUAGCAUCCGUGAGACCAGGGAAAGCUGGAGAAAAAAAUAUAAGAAUCCCUUUGGCUUUGCCCUUAGGACACCAGCUCCUUUCUAUGCCAGCGCUAACUGCUAUGCUACUCUCUGAAAGACCUCAUUCAUCUCUGUGCGGGAACGGCUCCUCAUAGAUAACUAUGCACUUCCAAGCCUUUACAUCUCUCUCUGUCUUUCUGUCUCACUUCUUCAGCCUGUGUGCCUUUCUACCUUACUUUCUGGAUGGACAUCCCAAAGAAAAAAACUGAAUAUUCCUUUUACUUUACAAGACCAAACCAGGAUGUAGAUUCUGAAUGAUACAACUUUUGAGGACUCAAAGGAUGAAGACAGCAUUAUUAUUAUUUUGGAAUUUGUGUUGUUGCAGCUUAAGAAAAGUGUUGGAAGUUAGAAAUAACGAGAACAUGAUGUUGUAUGUUUGCGUUCAUACAUGUACUGUGUGAAAGACUGGAGAUGAAUGGAACAAGAAAGUUCUUUUACCUAUCUAAGAAUCUGCAGAGAAGUACUGUGCAGAAGAGAAUGGCAAAUUGUGUUAGCAAUCUUUUUCAUACAAGUAUCAGAAAUUUUGCUGAUGUUGUCUGGUUAUCUAAACAACUCUCAGGACUAGAUGGAAGUAGUGAUCUUCCCACAUUAAACCAGUAAGAAAAAAUAUGAUGAAUCUGUUUCACAAAAAAUGGCUUGAGCCAGUUCUCCCACCAAAAUACUUCCAAUCUCACAUCUAAAACUGAGUCAUUGAAGAGAUUAAUCUCUCUCAGUUUCUGAGGAUUUUAAUAUAAAAGGAUGUAAAUACAUGUACUUUAUUGACUGUUGCCUACAAUGUAGACAGCAAACACAUUUUGAAUACUUUGAAAAAGUAAAUAAAAUCCUUCCAGUUCCAGUGGCUAUAUUACAGUGAAAACUGAUCUAAAAUCAGAUAAAGUCAAUUGUCAGGUACAGGAUGCAUGCUCUUGUUAUUGUCUCUCAUCUCCCACUGUACAAACUGAUAGGUAUUCUUCAGAUAGGGCUGCUUAGUAUGAAGUGUAUGUGACUUGUGUGCCUUUUCUUCAGAGAGAGAUGAAAAACAAAGGAAAUCUUUGAUGUACAAUUAUUACCUCAUUUCUGUUGUAUAAUUUGAUCAAACAAAAACACAAUCUAAGUACUUUUUCAUAUACCUUUGAAAAGAUGGACAUCUUAGUGCUACUGUAGCAUGAGCUGUAAAUACUAGGACAUUUCAUAUCUACAAAUGCAGCAGAGCUCCCAGUCCUAUGAUCUAUGCCAGUAAAAAUGACAAUAAAAUGGGAGACUUCUUUUUUAUAAUUUUGGUUUAUCAUGUUUGUCCAAUGCGGUUUUAGCAGAUAAAUUAUUGUUCUGUUUGUCUUAGCUGUUUGUGGGAUGUUGAUUUAUGUGUGUGUGCGUGCACGCGUGUGUGUGUUUGUGUGUGUGUGUGUGUGUGUGUGUGCGCGUGUGUGUGUGUGUGUGUGUGUGCGUGCAUGUAAGUAGAAAAAUGCUAUUUAAAUAAUUUAUCAGGAUCUGUUGCCUUACAAAAGGCCACAUGUCCAUCUGUAUAAACGGUUUGCACACUGACGUGAGGAUGUUCUGUUCUUUAUCGUUUUUACCUUUUUUUUUUGUUAAUGUGUAUCAAUGUUACCAUUAUUUUUUUACAAUUAGUUUGGCUUGUCUGUAAACAUUUUCUUAGUUGUACAAAGCAAAAUACAGUUUUUAUUCAUAGCGACUAUUUUGUUACAUACUUUAAGACAAUAAAUAGUUGUUAAAAUUCUCAAAUCUUUCUGUGCUUUUGUUUGACAGUGGAGCGAUGUUGCUUUUUUGUAUCAAAGUCCAGCAGUCAUGAAGUCUAGAAUAUGUUCUAAUGACGUAGAGAUACAGUCAUAAUUUACAAAUACAAACUGGCGGUUGACUCAGAAGACUUUGUGGGACUCCUCUCACUAGAAUACAUCACAAAGGCCCCAGUUUUGAUUGGGUUUACUGUAGCUUCAAAACUCAGCAGCUGGAGUGGUGGCCCACUUUCCCUGAAGCUCAAACAGACUUAUACUCUCAGGUUCUUCUCUCUGCAUGGAUACAAACAUGGUCUCUAUGAUGAAGGGCACAUGAGGAAUGUGACACGGACAUCUGCUCCUAAGCUUGGUGUGCAUGGCCUCCCUGCGAUCUGCAAAUAUUAGGUUGACACAAACCUUGACAUUGACUGAAAGGCCAUAGACAGGGACUAGAAUAAUCAUGUGAUGGACAAAAUAGAUCUCUUCUAUCACUAUAGGUGAUAUGAAUAUCACUUUGACACACGACACAGUCUGAGCAAACUCUGAAUGUCACAAGUUUGGUAAAUGUGUCAACUUCAUUACAUGGUUUUUUGGAUAUUCUGUUAUUUUGGUCAUUUCUGGACUAUCACAAUUUAUCCAUCUGUCACUGCUCUAAUGUUUCCGUACUGGAUGGCCUACAGAUCAGUUGAAGGAGACAUAAUGGGUCCAAAAAUGUAGAAAAAUAUCUGAAAUGGGCUUCUACCUGAACUAGAUGUGUAUACAAGAAGUAAAAUUACAUAAAACAAUGACCCAGUUUGAAAAGGAACGUAAUCCAAGCAAACUCCACGACCCAAUCUAAAAUGCAGUCAAAUAGAACAGACCCAAGACAGAGACGAUCGACAAAACUUGUAACAUCUCAUGUCUGACCAAUCAAAGUCCUUCUCUAGUCACUGAUUAAACCCCUAAAAACCACCUCUGUGUUUCAGAGUUGCAUAUUUAGAAUUUUUUUUCUUCCAUGAAAACAAUCCCUUCCUACUGUAAAGUGGCUUAGAUGUAACUGUAACCUGUUGCUUUAUCUAGAAUGGACAGAUCUAUGUUACAUCUCUAUGAUUGCUCCAAUUUUAUGGAACAAAUUGCCCUUGCACCUUAGACAGGCCCCUUCCCUGUCCAUUUUUAAGACCUAUCUUAAAACAUACUUUUAUUCCCUGGCUUUCCAUCCAGCAUGAGACACUGAUUUUUUUUAUUUUUAGUGCCUUUAUUGUGUAUUUCAGAUUUUAUUUGUUUUUAGUGCCUUUUAUUUUGUGAUUCUACUAGUUUUUAGUGCUUUUAUUAUGUAUCUCUGAUUUUAUUUGUUUUUAGUGCUUUGAUUGUGUAUUUUUAUAUUUUAUUUGCUUUUAGUGCUGAUUUUAUUUGCCUUUGGCUUAAUUGGUGGUUGUUAAAAGUGCUAUACAAAUAAAGCAGGAUUGGAUUGGA